CCGAAACUUUAGCCCAGCAUGUCUUCGGGCUCAGGUUGGACCUCCCGCCUCUCCCUUCAGAGAUACGACGAGCUAUCGCCAGAAGAGCAGGUCAAGAAAGCGCAACAUCGCGCAGAGCGCAAGCAUGGACUCAAGCUCGUUAUAGCCUUGCUUCUCCCCGUCUUCCUGGAGACCCUCGAUUAUACCUUCAUCUCCACCGCCCAAAUCCAUGUUGCUUCUACAUUCAACGAUAUCCCAUGGCAAAGCUGGAUCGGAACGUCUUAUCUCCUCACCGCCUGGAUCACGGUGCCGUUAUGGACGACACUCGUAGUUGUGUUUGGACGAUACCCUGCCCUGAUGUUGUCGCUCAUCGUAUUCGGCGUCGGUAGUACGAUAAGCGCGGCUGCGUUCGGUAUGACUCAAGUGAACAUUGGACGCGCAGUAGCUGGUAUAGGUGGUUCUGGCAUCCUGAUGUCAUACAGGAUCAUCGUCGCCGAUCAGGGUGAAGCGAUGCACCAGUCGGCUAUUGUCAUCAUGUACGGUCUCGCCUUCGGAGUCGGACCCGUCGCCUCGGGUUUCCUCGUGGACCUCAAUUUCCGGUGGAUCUUCGGGUUCAACUUGCCGUUCGUCGCAGUGUCCAUCGUACUGGCUUUCUUCUUUGUCCGUAACGUCGCCAAAGGCUCUGAUCUCCCACGGUCGACUCUGGAGAGAAUGUCCUUCCCCCAGAAGCUCAUGAUCUUCGACUGGGGCGGCGCUAUACUCGCGUUUUGCGCCGGUAUACUGCUUCUUCUUGCCCUCGCUUGGGGACCUCUCGAUGGCUUCGUCACCGGACGCUUCUUUGGGACGCUCGCCGGCAGCAUUGUCGUUUUCGCGGCAUUUAUGGGGUGGGAGCUCUUCCUGACCUCUCGCAGGGGCACAGAUUCGCCACUCUCCUUCGUCAUGCGCAUCUUCCCUCUGGAGGUGUUCAAAGAUAUUACUGUCGUCGGGAUGGAACUGGCAAACUUCGUCUCGGGCAUGUCGCUUUAUACACUGUUCUUCUUCAUCGUCAUCUACGGUGUCCUUGGCCAGAGCAAGUCUCUCAGCAAAGUGAAUAUUGAGCUGCUCUUCUAUGUUCCCGGAAUGAUGGGUGGACACAUGAUCGAGAGGGUUCUGCAAAUCAGGAAAGCACAGCCCCGAGUUGCCGUUAGAUUUGGCCUGAUUAACACCGUCGUCGCCUACAUCAUUAUGGCCAUUGGCAUGCAAAGCGACAGCAGUGGAAUGCAAGCUGCGUCGUUGGUUCUGUUCGGUCUUGGUGGAGCCCUUACAAUUGGACCGUGCAUGGCGAUGCUUAAAGCUGUGGAGCCCGACAUGCAACAACGCGUUGCCCCCCUCAUGCCCCUCUUCCGUUCGUUGGGUGGUUUCGUCGGACUCGCUCAGUCCUUCGUUAUCAUGAAUGCCAAAGCCAACUCUGACAUCAAAUACAACGCAUACGACAACCCGAGUUUGAAUAGCACUGUCACUGACGAACUCAAGCGCUUUGCUCAAUUGGGUGGCGUCGAUUCACUGGACACAUUCUUCGCUCUUGCACCAGAGAUCCACGACAUCGUGGAGAGCUCAUACCGUACCGGCAUCCACUGGUGUUUCUGGGCUUUGCUUCCGUACGCUGCGAUCGCGCUCGCGGUAUCCUUCUUCCUCGGGAAGGUCCCACCACCCGAGGAAGCCUCGUCAACAGAGCUGCUCUCUGGCAAGACCCAGAACGUCAACGAGUCGACGAGCACGCUCCCCGCUCAGCAAAACAGCCCUUACGGACAACAGAGCGGAUACGCCCAGGCGCCCAUCCCGGCCAGCCCCCAGCGGCCCGCAGGCGCAUCGCUCACGCCGCACGACCGCGACUACAGCGAGACGCAGGAGCACGAGUGGGAAAACAGUGGCAGCGCGUACCAGGGCGCUGGCGGGAUCGGCGGCGGAGCACCCUACGAGGAUCCUUAUGCUCGCAAUCCGUUCCAUGAUCCCAAGUAUCAUCAUCAGAACCAGGGUUUUGAAGAGAUGAGGGUGUAAGGUCGCCGGGACUUGUCGAAAAGUUUUUAGAAGGAGCUAUUGGUGGGGGAGUCGCAUGGCCUAAGGAGGAUGCAAUAGGCAAUGAAGAUCUAGGCGGGCAGUUGUGGGGCCCUUCGGACAAGCAUAUAUCGUACAUAUUGUUGCUAACUUUCCAUUCAGUUAAGUUAUAAUGUUGUCUCUGUUUCCUUGCCAUCUUGUACUGCGUACGGCUUGCAAUUCACGAAAAUGAUGAAUUCUGCAACCUGGAGUCAUUUAUGAACUC